UGAGCGUACCGCGGGCCGGAUGGCGCCGCCACCGAGCGCCCCACCGCGCCCGGCGCUGGCCAACGGCACGGCCACAUGCGCCGGCUCGCUGUUCCGCUGCGACGACGGCCGCUGCAUCGAGUGGGCGCUCGUCUGCGACGCCUCGCCCGACUGCCGAGACGGCUCGGACGAGGCGGCUUGCCAGCCUCGCCGGCGGCCGCGCAGGGGCGUCGGCGGCUGCACUGACAAGGAGUUCCGCUGCCUGGACGGCACGUGCAUCGAACGGUGCUACACGUGCGAUACGCGGCCCGACUGCCCCGACGGCUCAGACGAGCACGCGGACCACGGCUGCGCCCUGCUCUGCGGACCAGGCGAGUUCCGGUGCGACAACAGGUGUCUUCCGAACUCAAAGCUGUGCGACGGUGUGAGGGACUGCAUCUUGGGCAACGAUGAAGUCGGAUGUCCGACGCUACCGCCGCCGCCUCCGCCGCCGCCAUCGUUCUGCACUGACAAGGAGUUCCGCUGUCUGGACGGCACGUGCAUCGAACGGUGCUACACGUGCGAUACGCGGCCCGACUGCCCCGACGGCUCAGACGAGCACGCGGACCACGGCUGCGCCCUGCUCUGCGGACCAGGCGAGUUCCGGUGCGACAACAGGUGUCUUCCGAACUCGAAGCUGUGCGACGGCGUGAGGGACUGCAUCCUGGGCAGUGACGAGGUCGGGUGUCCGACGGCGCCCACGGUAGCGCCAUGUUCCUACUACGAGUUCCGGUGCGACGGGCGAUGCCUGGACAAUGGGAGGCGCUGCGAUGGAAGGAGGGACUGCUCCGACGGUUCUGAUGAAAGGGGAUGUCGCCCCACCACCACAACCCCAAGACCUUGCUCGUAUUACGAGUUCCGUUGCGACGGAAGAUGUUUGGACUUUGGGAGACGUUGUGAUGGAAGGAGAGAUUGUUCCGACGGCUCCGACGAAAGAGGAUGCCGUCCCACCACCACAACCCCAAGACCUUGCCUCUAUUACGAGUUUCUUUGUGACGGGAGAUGUCUGGAUCUAGGGAGGCGUUGCGACGGAAGAAGGGACUGCUCCGACGGUUCCGAUGAAAGGGGAUGCCGUCCCACCACCACAACCCCAAGACCUUGCUCGUAUUACGAGUUCCGUUGCGACGGGCGAUGUUUGGACGUUGGGAGACGUUGUGAUGGAAGGAGGGACUGCUCUGACGGCUCCGACGAAAGGGGAUGUCGUCCCACUACAACAACCCCAAGACCGUGCGCAAGCUACGAGUUCCGUUGUGAUGGGCGAUGCCUGGACACCAGCCAUCGCUGUGAUGGCGUGCCCGAGUGCUCGGACGGCUCCGACGAGCGAGGAUGCCCGGAGCCGCAGCCGGUGACCGGCUGCGCCGACAACGAGUUCCACUGCCUCAGCGGCGAAUGCAUCGACAGCUGCUACAUGUGCGAUGGCCGCAAGGACUGCGCCGACAACUCUGACGAGUCGCACCAACACGGCUGCUCGCGUUUAGCGCCGUGCGCGGGCAGCGAGUACCGCUGCGACGACCGCUGCAUGCCGGCCGAGACACUCUGCGACGGCAAACGGGACUGCUCCGACGGCCACGACGAGCGGGACUGCUGAGACGGCCACGACGAGCGGGACUGCUGAGACGGCCGCGACGAGCGGGACUGCUGAGACGGCCGCGACGAGCGGAACUGCUCCGACGGCCACGACGAGUGGGACUGCUGAGGCGGGUCGCGACUAGCGGGACUGCUGAGGCGGCCGCGACGAGCGGGACUGCUGAGGCGGCCGCGACGAGCGGGACUACUCCAACGGCCACGACGAGCGGGAUUGCUCCGACGGCCACGACGAGUGGGACUGCUGAGACAGCCGCGACUAGCGGGGCUGCUGAGGCGGCCGCGACGAGCGGAACUGCUCGGACGGCCACGACGAGCGGGACUGCUGAGGCGGCCGCCGCCCGGCGGCGAUAGUCGGCGCUGGGCGCGGUGCACCGCCGCGGGCGAUGCAGCUUUCUGGGAAGAGAUCGUAAAUCAGCUAAGAGGUGACAGCAUUGUAACGCACCCAUGCCCAUACUCCACUGGCGGAUGGACCUUCGGGGCUCGGGGGCCGGCAAGACUGUGGACAUGGCAACGAUCGCCUGCCUUUCUGGUGGGGAGCUGGUUUGUUGAUCCGAAAGCAUCGUGCGACUUUAUUUGGUGCGGUGCCUCCUCUUAGCCGCAACUGGCAGAGCGCGGCGACUAAGCCGUUGCGUUUCUUUGCCAUGGCCCCGUGCAUAUUGCCACAUAUGUUGAUGCGAGUCAGUGUGCCUUGAUGACGUGUCUCAAAAAGGCACUAGUCCGGAGUUCGAGGUCUAUUUGUUUGUGAGACGGAACUUGUGCGGAUGAUUCUGCCGCGGGACUGGGUGCAUUGUCAUUAGUGCGGGGAGAUGUCUUGUUUUUCUCAAAAUAUACGACAAAA